GCCUGGAGACUGUUCACCCCACAGGAUCGGGAUGUUCUGAGCUCCAACUAUGAACGAGCUGCAACAGGAUCCGAGGAAUACAGGCAAGUUUUCAAAAGCUGCGGAGAACUCCUGAGGUCUGUUAGAGUAUGAGAGAAACGUUACUGUGAGUCCUGUCACUGAGGCAGACAGUGUGGAGGAAUGCAGCAGACUGUCUGUAGCCCCCAUACAGCAGCAGUCCAUCCUUAAGGCAUCUGACCGGGGUGCAGCAGAAUCUCUGGACUGACCCGAUCAUGAAGUCCCAGAAGGCCCAAGGUGUCCUACCAACUUCUCCCUGCCCACGCAAGCGCCGCUUCACCCUACGCAGCAAAAAGAAGAAGGACGGGGUGAUCCGAGGCAAGCUUCGCAUCCGCUCCAUUCCCGGAGCCUUCCUGGUGCUGGGGGUCAUUGUGGUGGUUGUUGGCACGGCCCUGGCUGUGGCGGGGUACUGGCCCUACCGGAUAUCCAGGGCGCCGCUCCUGGGAGCCGCUGAGGGGGACGGUAUCUCUGAGUCGCAGAGUUCCGGCUGGAGUAUGGGAGCAAAGAGCCUCCUCUCCACAGCCAGCUUCAUCCACAGUGAACGGAUGAAGCUGCUGGGGCCCGUCAUCAUGGGAGUGGGCCUCUUCAUCCUCAUAUGUGCCAACACUGUCCUGUACGAGAACCGGGACAGGGAGACGCAGAUGUUGCUGGCUCAGAUGCACAGCGUGAUCUGCUCCGUGUCCGCGGUUGUCCCCUCGGCGGACCUCAAAGACAUUGCUGUAGCCAACAUGUCCAGACACUACGAGUGGCUGAGCAGUUUACCCGCCGCCCACCUCAACAUCCUCUGUGUGCAGCAGAUCACCAGCGCCGAGCCCCUGCUGCGCACAAGACCCCCCGCAGAGCAGGAGGACCAGGCAGAGGGCAUCUACCAGCAGCAGGCCGUGCUCCAGACAGAAGCCCUCCACCACCAGGAGUCAGAGUCUCCGUCUUCCCUCCACUCCUCCUCCUCUAACUCCUGUAACUCCAGUCAGACUGAUUUGAACACGCAGUUCGGAGCUGAUGACGGUGCCAGCUUCACUCGCCCGCUCGUCAACAACUUCUUGCAGUCGGCCAGCUCCAUGUCCACCCUGGACGAGAUGGAACACCACGCCGCACAGCCGAGGCGCUGCCAAAGUAUCAGCUACAGGACUAACCUGUACACAGCUCCACCUGUGCGUCUGGAGAGUGGAGAGGAGGGGGAGAUAAAUCAGCAGGUGGUCUCAGGUAGAGAGGCUUCCUCAGAUGUUUGCGUGAACAUCCCUUGGGCAGUUGUGGAUGCCGCAGAGAAGCAAACUCGCCGGAGCUGGCCUCGGCUGGACCUGAGUGGCGGGAGGCGGUACCUGAAGCUGGAGAACAAGGAAGACUCGGUGUUCCGGCUGCUGGGGCAGCUGGAGCAGCAGUGUGUGCAGUGGGAUAAGAGUUUUGGAUCUGGGCCUUUCCAAUGAUUGGCAGCUUUUUAUGGUGAACUCUGGAUACAAACACCCUUGCAACCAUCAUGACAUCUUCCUGUGGAUUCUAUAUUUUGGUUGGGGCAGAGACACUGAGCCCUGGAUCAUAUAGAGUACAGUAUUUCUCACAGGAUCUUCCAAAACUAGAGCACUUUCGCAAUCUUUAGUGGAAUAAUGAUAUGCAGAGGUUACAGUCUGUGCUUGGCUUCCAAUCUGAUUCGUCAGAUGUUUUAUAUAAUUAAAGGAACAAUGCAGGCUCUGCACUGUCACAGAUGAGCAAAAAGGUUUGACACGCCGUUUACUUCUGCAAUAUGGGGUUGGCAGCAAUGCCAGAAACUUGUUUCUCAAAACAGAGCUGUGUUUGACAGUUUCUAGGACACAGUGUGCAGCAGAGAUAGAAGCGCGAUGGGUUUCACUGUGCUAACAACUCUGAACCAAACUACCUGGACCUGAGUCCAUAAAGUGCUGACAGCUAUUCACAAAUGCAACUGGUAUAUUACAAUGGAAAUUGUUUUCCUCAGACGAGGUCCCAUACUCCAAAUGCAAUGCAUGGCAGUGAUGUACAGUAUGUUACAUCUUAAUACUUAUGCAGAUGAAUGUCAUUGUGGGGUUUAUGUGUAUAAGAAGUGAUAAUAAAAGGAUCAUUCAGUUUAUUAUAGCUUGGGCCUUGUUUUCUUAGGCUUGGCCAUUGUUUCUGUGGUAACCUUGGGAACAACCUUCACGUGUUUUGCAGUUAUGUUUAUUAAUUUGCUAUAUUGCUUCAUUAACUACGUUUUAGUUCUGUGGUACUCUUUGUAUACAAAGAGUUUCCCCAUGAUCGAUUCAUCUUAAAUGGUCAAAACUAAAACAUAUGUGAAUAAAGAGAGAUUAAAUAAAAUGUUUGUCUACUGCAAACUGUGAAAGAAUUCUGAAAAUGAGAGUAAUGCCGUGCAGAGCCACAGCUUCAACCAAACAACACAUCCAGCACUAGGCAAAACUAUUUAAACAUUUAAUGGAGGGUUUAUAACAAACUAUAUUGUUUAUGUUUGCAGAUUUAGUGUUUUAUUAUGCAUUUACUGCCCCUGUGGGCCCCCAAAAGGUGAAGCCGCUGAACAAACCUAAUGAAUGGCAAUAUAGCUGUGCACGGUUGUAAAAAGUUUCAUACUUGACAUUACUGACAUUUGUUUAUAUUGUGUUAUAAUUCCCAUUUAAUGCGAUGAGGAUCUUUUUAUUAUGCAUUCCCUGUUGCAUUAUAAUGUGCCUGAAAACCCUGAUUUUAAUGUAUUACAAAUAUGGGAAUUAUUAUACACUAUGACCCUUCAGCAAAAAAUGUCAAUGAAUGAACAAAACAAGCUUUAUAAACAUGGACGUCAUAAAAAGUGAUACCAAAAUCAAAACUAGUGAACAAUACUGUACAUCAGUCACCACUUAUUGCUGUGUGCAAAUACAUUAUAGUUAUAAACCAUUACUAUUCUACAUAGAGGGACUGUGACUGUGUUCAGCUAUAGAGUAGUGCAGGCAUGACGUAUAUUUAAAAUAAGCUCUUUCACAAGCACACGUUUAUGAUACUUGGACAUUUUGUGUAGCAGGAUUAUCUCCACAUAUUAACAUUAUAAUAGUUGAAACAAAAAUGCUAUCGCUAGAAGUCAAAUACGUAGCUAUAAAUUAACUACAUCAUGAACACAUGACUUCACGCCAACGGCGCUAAGCUAAAGGUUGCUAAUGUUCGGCGUAAUGGCGUUUAGUAGCUUCAUUUAAACGCUAAUUAGCAAUCGCAGAAUUUAUGACAUGUAAAAGCUUUAGACAUUCACCAGUGGGGUAUUUACUGAUGCAUUUUAUGUUGUGUAACAAUAUCUCUUCAGCUUUUAUUAGACACAGACCUUAUGUGGGGAAUCUAAUCAAAAAAACAUUGACUUCAAGAUGAGCUAACCAGAAGUGCUUAAAUGCUGACUCAUUAAGGGGUUAGGACUCAUUACUGUUUUGGGGAUUUUGUUGUUAUUAUUUAAUAGGAAGGAUGGCCAUUACUAUAAAAAUAUGACCCAAGUUGUACAAAGGUUUGUCCUUAAUAAUGAAGGGAAGCUCUUUGCUGUCUUUAUUGUGGUUGCUGCAGUAUUUUAUUGUAAUGAAAGCAGGGACCCCUUCUCUCUUCUGCUGGUUUCCUGUUGACCGUCUCUUCUUAGAAUGCAACAAUGCAACCCCCCCCCCCAAUACCAACAAAUGGAUACAACUGAUUGUGGAGAAGAGGCAUGCCCGCAGCUCCAGUGAGACGAAGUGAUCCGACCACUGUUACAGAUGAGUGUAUGUCAUAGAGGGAAGGAGAAUAUCAAUCCUGGUCUCAUGGGCUCCCCCUUAGCAACACGUGCAGAGAUGUGCAGAGGCCAUGUUUGAAACAUCUUUAUCUGGUUAUCUGUUAGGGGUGUAACGGUUCACAUAAUUCAGGGUUCGGUAUGUACCUCGGUUUGGGAGUCACGGUUCGGUA